UGUGCUACAUUUUUAUUUAGUUUGUAACCGUUCUUCGUUGUGGAACCACUACGGUUUAGCGGACCUUGUGAAUCUUUAGUGUUUCGAUAAAAAGUACAACAGAUGAGUGGCAAGGUGCAAAGACUUAGCCAAGAUUAUCAGCGCGUGGCGCCAGCCGGCUGUGGCAUGGGUGGGCGUAGGAUAAUCAAAACUGCGGCUCUACUCAUAACUUUGGGAUACUGCAGUUUGCUUGUUUAUCAAGGCGGAGUGAAUUACAACUUCCAAGAAAGUCGGCCAGUGCAAGUGGCCGAUUUACCUAUAGAGCCUGUGACAAAAACCAGUAUUUUGGACAGUGGUCAGAGUAAAAACAUUACAUUGGAUGACAUUUUCAUUAGUGUGAAAACAACUAAGUUUUAUCAACAUACAAGACUGCCUAUUAUCUUGAAGACAUGGUUUCAAUUGGCAAAAGGACAGACGUGGUUUUUCACAGACACAGACAACGCGCGGCACCAAAACCAAACGAACGGUCACAUGGUAAACACGAACUGCUCGGCGUCACACCAGCGAAAACACCUCUGCUGCAAAAUGUCCGUGGAGUACGAUCAUUUUCUGGAGAGCGGUAAAAAGUGGUUCUGUCACUUCGAUGACGACAACUACGUCAACGUCCCACGAUUGGUCGCCAUGUUACAAAAGUAUAACCACCAAGAAGACUGGUACCUUGGAAAAACUUCUGUUAACAAACCUGUAAAUAUAUUUAAGAAGCCUACCAAUAAGUUAUUAUAUACCUUUUGGUUUGCAACUGGAGGUGCUGGAAUAUGUAUAAGCAGGAGUUUAGCUUUAAAAAUGUUACCGAUUGCAAGUGGUGGCAGAUUUAUCAGUAUCUGUGAGAGUAUUCGAUUCCCAGAUGAUGUCACCAUGGGAUUCAUCAUAGAACAUCUUAUGGAGAAAAACUUGACGAGAGUGCCUGAAUUACAUUCGCAUUUGGAGCAAAUGAAACUGUUGGAUCCGGAAACUUUCCGAGACCAAAUAUCAUUUAGUUACUCCAAGACUUCCUACGGUUGGAACGUUAUCAAUGUUCCGGGCUUCAACGUCAGAUAUGAUCCUACGAGGUUCCUCUCACUGCAUUGUUUCCUCUUUCCAUACUUCAAAUUUUGUCCGAGGUAGUACCGCAUAGACAGUGCACAAAAGUGAUCAAUGAAGAUAUAUAAUUUUAACCACAUAUUAGUUUAUUUUUACAUUCCUAUAACCACAGUUUAGAAAUCACACACUAAACUGUGAGGUAACCUAAAGAUUUAAAUAUUGUGUAAGUAGGUGCAAUAAAUAAUCCUUUAUUUUUAUUUUUGAGUAUAUUUGAACAAAUUAAAAAACUGUUUUGUGAUAUGUGAUAAUUGGUUAACAAUCUCUGUACAAAUCAAAAUUUUAUAAUUAAAAAAAUUAUGAUAGUUUACGCGACAUAGCAUUUGUGUUGUAUAGUUUUAUGAUUAAUGAAAAACUUAACUGUGAUAUUAAAUUUUAUUUAAUUUUAAGUACUGUUUAUAUUAUCUAGAUCUACUAAUAAAUAAUGUAUUUAAAAUUCUUCCAGUCAGAUAUGUUAAUAUGAAGUUGUUUGAUAUGUUGUUUAUCAAAUAAACAAUUGUAAUUUUA